GGACGGGCCGACGCGUUCCCCAAUCGAAGCCCAAAUCAAUUCCCCUCCCCUCCUACCAAACCCUAACCCUACCCCUACCCCGGCGAGCGCGACCCGCGGCGAUCCAAGAUGCCGGCGACGGCGGGGCGGGUCCGCAUGCCGGCGAACAACCGCGUGCACAGCAGCGCGGCGCUGCAGACGCACGGCAUCUGGCAGAGCGCCAUCGGCUACGACCCCUACGCGCCCGAGAACAACAAGCAGCAGCAGCCGGGCCGCCCCUCCUCCUCCGUCUCCGCCAACGCCGCAGCCGCGGCCGCCAACGAUGCCGCGGCCAGCGCCGCCGCCGCCGCCAGCGCCUCGUCCGGAUCCGGGGCGGGGGACGGCAACGCCUACACCAGCUUCCAGGGCCUCCUCGCGCUCGCGCGCAUCACCGGCUCCCACUCCGACGAGACCCGCGGCUCCUGCAAGAGGUGCGGCCGCGUCGGCCACCUCACCUUCCAGUGCCGCAACUUCCUCUCCGUCAAGGACCUCGACCUCGACUACGCGGACGCCGAGGCCGCGGCGCAGGCGGCCGCGCUGGCCAAGUUUAGGGAGAUUAAGAAGAAGGCUGCUGUGGGUGGGGACGCGGAUGGGGUUUCUGAUGAUGAGGAAGAGGAGGACGAUGACAGCGAUUCCUCUGAUUCGGAUGUCGACCCUGAGCUGGAGAAGAUAAUCGCUGAGCGCGAGCGUGCCAGGAAUGGGGGAAGGAGGUCCAAGGAGGAAGAGAAGAAGUCGAGCCACCACCGUAGGAGCAGAAGCAGCAAGAGAAAAUCGAAGCACGCAAGGAGCAGGAAGAGUGAUGACAGUGAGGAGGAAGGCACACGAGGCAGGGAGAAGAAGAAGAGAGCCAGCCGAUCGAAAAAACAUGAGAGAUCAGAUGAGGACAGCAGCGAUAGUGACUCCGAUAGGAAGAGGCACAGGAAGAGCAGGAAGGACAGGAACAGGCACAAGAGCCACCGCAGGAGUGUUGACUCGUCAGAUGAGGAGGAUGUGUCUGGAGGUGAAGAAAGGAGGCGCCGCCGCCGCCACCACAAGCGGCGCCAUCACAAGAGGGAUGCAUCUGACAGUGACACUGGUGGCAGCGAGUCCGCAGAUGAGAAGAAGCGAUCCGGCAAGAGGAGGAGGCACCGCAGGUCAGAGAACAAUGGGUUGGAUGAGGACGAGCGACAUGGUCAUCGGGGAGCAAAGCGUUCUGAGGAGAAGAGCAGGGACCGCAAGAAGAACUAGAGAGGAGCAUUAAAUUGGUUUGUAUGCUGAGGAAGUCCGAGAGAUGCUGGUGGAGCAAGUGACAGGGCGUCCCGGGCAAGGAAGAAGAUCAAGUUACCGUUUCUGUGGGAGAAUUUUGUGUCCAGUUUCUUCAGUGGUUUGCUGUUGGUGGUCCUGUGUUCUGGCGUGUACUCUGGCUGUUUGACAUUUGUAUUAGUCUAAACGUGGCUCAUCCGCUGUACAUCUGAAUCAGAUGUGGUAACUAGUUGGUAGAUAGGGGGAUAGGGAUUCAAGUCUCGUAUCUGUCUGCUGUAGCUCUCCUAUUCUUUUUAAAUAAUGGGAAUGGGGACAUCCUAGGUUCGAAACAAAUACUAGAAGCUGUUGCUGUAUCAUUGCAGUGUUGUAUCAGUAUUAUUGCCAUAGCAUGGUAAUAUUAGGAGCCAUUGGUUGGUAAACUGCUGCAGAGAUUGAAUCGUGGCUCUACUAGGUUUCUCUACACUGGUAGUGUGCUGAGAAGCAUGAUGGGUAAAACAAAGUCAAAUAGUUUGCCAUUGAACAUUUUGUU